CAGAUUAUGUUUUUGCAUUAAAUUUAAUUAAACAAAUCAUUUUAGGUUUGUUACUUUUAAACGUGUUUUUAUUUAUGUUUUAAACCCCACAGUUGUCUAUUAGUUAUAAAAAUAUUUAUUAUACAUUUUGUCCUAUGUAUUUAGUUUCUUAUAUCAUGAGCAAGACUGCUUUAUAUGCCGAUUUGAAGAAUGGAUCAGACUGAUCAAAAUAAUAUAUAGAUGUAAAAUAUAGAAGAUACCCAAAUGUUCUGAGAAGUAAAGAAACAUGAAUUUAACAUUAUUUUGAAUGGGAACCGGUGAGACUCGACAGUGGGAGUGGUUCUUUGCUGUCCUCCAGUCAGAGGGCUAAACGUUGCCAUGGGAAACAGUGUCGCUUGAGUUGCCCGAACAUUUAUACAGUUGAUUAUUAUUUUUAAGUUACUCUACCGGUUCCUUUAGACAUUUAUUACACUUACAGCAACUCCGCUCAGUUAUCUUAGUGAUGUUGUGACUUCUUACUUUACUGCGGCGAGCUAGCGUCACAGCCUGUGUAGGCUAGCUAACAACAAGCUAUGGCCUCAUGCUGCAUUUAAACUUCAACCACCUCGCUCCCACCUGCAAAACUGUUUUACGUCGAUAUGGCUCACAGAAAAGAAAGGUUCUCUCAAAUUGAAAUUGUAGUGUGUUUUACAAGAGAAGAUGAUAGUGCUCUAUAAACCAUCAGUAUUUCAAACAAAAGUGCUCCAGAAGCUCUACCCAGCAGCUCCCAAGAAAGAGGACCCAAGGCCAACAUGCAAUGUAGAGGCCCUAGCCAAAAAAACUUGCACGAAAAGAAAAGCCUCUCAAGUGAACUCAACAACUGAAGAUGCACAGAGUGCAGCCAAUCCAGGCAGGCGGCUGUACACGGUCACGUCUCCUCCUGCAGACUACAAGAUUGGUUCAGAGAAAUCCGUCACACUCCCCCUGCUAGAAAGUAUAAAUAGUGCCAAGGACCCAGCUGAUGAGAUCGCCCAUGAAAGUGAUGAAGAAUUAGACAAAGAUGAAGAGGGGAAGGGACAGCAUAGAAAAAAGAGGAGAAGGAAAAGAAAACCAGCCCUCCUUUUAGACUCUGGUACAGAUGGAGCUGUGAGUGAGUCCUUCAGAGGUCAGAGUCAGACGCUUGUAGAGGAAGGAGGAGAGUCCAUCAGCUGGAACAGAAAGAGAAAGCUGAAAAAGAAACGGCACAAAGAGAAGCUGCGCUCAAUGGGUCUCAUGCCCCGGGCCUCUGCCCUGGAGUUCACAUACCGAAAAGAUGAGGAAGAAGAAGAGGAGGAGGAGGAGGAGGAUAUCGAGAGGAGAGCUGCCGAGGUGGCAGACUUCUUCAGGACAACAAUGGAAAUCUAUAUGUCGGAUUCCUCAUCACGUGUAGACAAGCUUCCGCUUCUGUCGACGACUAUGGACGACCUUCUUUGCAGCAUAGCCAGCGGUGACAAGCCCACCUCUGUUCUACAGCAUCUCUACAGCCUUAAGGUCUUUGUUCAGAAGAAAGAGACCGACAAAUUGGAAGCGUCACUGGAGAAUCUCCAAAACUCUUCAUUGUUGUCUGCAGAGGAAACCACUGCAGUCGUAUCACUCUUCCAGUACUGGAUCACAGACAUUCUUUCCAUGCAGGGCGACAGGAAGACAGGACUUUCUACAAUGCACCCAUGAGACUGUCAGUCACACUGGGACAAGAAACUCCACUGAUGGAUUAUUCUCACUGUUGUCCAUUCCUUUAAACAAGACAGUUCUUGAAAUGUUUUCUUCAUUUUGUGGGGAUUUCAAAAUGUUGGAUUUGUGCUGUAUUUGGAAAAAAUAUUUGAAAAAUGUUUUCUUUGCCUUUGUUUAAUCCACUUCAUGACUUUUACAAAUAUAAACAAAUCAAGGUAA